AAGAAGAAAUUCAGGAGGAUUUUGAACAAGAUUUGGAGGAAGAUAAUGUGUCUUUGGCAUCUUCAGUAACCCCAAUGUAUUCAGCAUCUUUGUCUUCAGUAACUCCAAUAUAUCCAACUGUGACCAGAUUUGAUAACAAUGAGGAUAUAAGUGAGGAUAGCGAUGAUGGUAGUGGUAGAAAUAGUAGUGAAGAUGCAUCUGUUGCCCUUGGAGAUAUAAUUGCUUAG